UCUUGCGAGAGCCAGCCGCCCUUUCGCCUUCCCUGUCCGGCAGCAGCGGCGAGAGAGGCGCCUUGGGACGGCGUGGAAAAGCAGCGGCCGGGGGUCCCGUCGAGCAAAAGCAGGUAAAAGCAAAACCAAACAGCGGAGCCCGAGGGCGCCAUGGGGCGACCCCACCCCAGGGCUGGAUGAAAGAGAGGGAGGGAUGAUACUUUGCCGCCCCCUCCCCGCCGUGUAAAAGGAUCCCCUUCUUGGAAAGACCCCUUUCCAUGCCCCUAAUAGUGACAGCCUUGAGAGGCAUCCGCCUCUUGUUUUCUGGCCCCCUCCCACCCCCAGGACCAAGAAGCCCCUGUUCUGCCUGCUAGCUGGAUCUCCCACAAAUGAUUUUUCUCCCCUGCCUCUUAUAAAGAAAAGUCUAUGUCUUUCUUCUUUUCCAAAAAUGAAAAUUUAGGACCCCUUCCGUCCGCUGCAAAGCAUUAUCUGAAAGUUUAGGAGAUAUAAUUUGUUGGAUCUCACUCCCCACCCCCACCCCCCCAAAAAGUGGGGAAGCACUAGUUGCCCUUCCUUCCAAAGCCCCUCCUAGUCACAAUUUAAAAUUCUCCCAUGCCACUACUCUGACUCCCAGCUCACCUCCUUGUUGGCAGAGAGAGAGAGAGACCAGUUGUCUACCCACUUUUUUGGGGGGGGGGCUACAGAGCUGGGCAAAUGAGGCAUUAAAAAUGGGGUUCAGGGGUCCUCCACCUUGAUGCGCUCUCCCAGUUGCUCAUAUUGCUGGAUGAGUUUUAUAUAGGUGUAACUGUUUUAUCGAUCCACCCAAAUUGAUGCUUCCCUCUCUCUGCUGACCAGGUCUGCUUCCUUUUAAACUCCUUUAUAAUUCAGUUGGAAGUGGUGGCUUUUAAUUCCUUGGGAGAAAGAGGAAUUGGGCGGGACAAGGUGACCAGGUAUUGGCCCUAAUCCUGGCCACCUCCUCACCUCCUUUGCCCAGGGAAUGCCUUUCCUAUCCUUUGGGCGCUGGGCCUCCCCUCGCCUCUGGCUGCCCUUUUCCGAGUUACGUGGCUGGGUUGUCAGGGGGCGCGUGGCCAGUUUGAGGCCUACAUCUCAGGCUCCCAAGACAGCCUGUGCCAGCCUCCGCACAGGCCUCCGCCCUUUCCCCAGCGGUACCCCAAACUCAGCUUCUCCUUGACCCCUGCUGCCGUGUGCUGCCCUCUGCCCCCCCCAUGGCUGCCAAGUGGUUCAAAGAGUUUCCGUCCAGCCUGAAAACGGUUUCGGAGAGAGCCAAGCCGGGCAGUGCCGCCAACCUUGGGAAGCUGUGCAGUGCCUCGCGCAAGAGCCUAGGUCCUUCCGAAGCAGGCACGGCAGCUUCCCUGCCCGGGAAGAACCGGAAAAACUCUGCUACUGAGCUGGGCAGCCCACGGACCCUGCUUCUGCCAGGGAAAGAUGGCGGAAGUGGACGGCUUUCGCGGGACAACCUCCAGGGCCUGCUGCAAGCCGCUGCGGGGAAGAUGCGGAAGAAUUCGCGGGUGGAUGGGGCCCCCGCGGACGAACCAGCACGGGGGGCACCCAAAGGCAACGCUGGCUCCGGGACCUACAUCAACCGGCUCAUCAAAGUGGAUGCUCACGAGAAAAACGGAAAGAACUACCCUGGAAGCGCCCCGAGUCCCACCCUGGUUGCAGCUCCCGAGUCAGAGAAGGCCAAACAGGAGACGGUUAUUAUCCUGGAAGAUUACGCCGACCCGUACGAUGCCAAGCGCACCAAGGGUCAGCGAGAUGCCGAGAGGCUGGGAGAAAAUGACGGCUAUAUGGAGCCAUACGAUGCCCAGCAGAUGAUCACCGAAAUCCGCAGGCGGGGUUCAAAAGACCCUCUUGUCAAAGCCAUCUUGCUGUUGGAUGAGCCAGCGGAGGCCAAAGGAGACCCCCCUCCUCCUGCUCCUGCUACAACUACAACUAUUAAGCGCCAAGGGGCCAAACCGCCACAGCUAUAUGACACCCCCUACGAACCGGCGGAAGCGGGGCCCAAGCCAGAGGCCCGGCUGCCGGAGAAUGACGAGCGGCCGCCAGCUGAGUACGAACAGCCCUGGGAGUGGAAGAAAGAUCAAAUUGUGAAAGCUCUCUCAGUGCAGUUUGACGGGUCGGAGAGACCCUCAGCGUUCAAGGAUGAAGUUCCAGCACAGCCGCGCCAACAGCAGCAUCGCCGCCAGCGGAGCUGGCCCUCCAAGAUGGUGAAGCCCAUGGCAGUGGCAGAUCCAGACCCAGAUGGGGACCGUGUGGAUCCUUCCCUCGCCUUGGAAAAACAGCCCUGGUUUCACGGCGCCAUCACUCGAACCGAGGCGGAGAGCCGGCUGCAGCCGUGCCGGGAAGCCGGCUACCUGGUCCGCACCAGCGAGACAGCGACCAGCAAGUACUCCAUCGCUCUCAAGACCAGCCAAGGAUGUGUCCACAUCAUCGUGGCCCAGACCAAGGAUCACAAGUACACGCUCGACCAGGCCGGCGGCCUCUUUGACAGCGUCCCCGAGGUGGUGUGCUAUUACUCCAGCGAGAAGCUGCCUUUCAAAGUGGCUGAGCAUAUGAUGUUGCGCUACCCGGUCGCAACACCGAGCAAGACCCACUAGCACCCCACCCCUGCCCCACCCCGCACACCUGGAAUCAGAACUGGGAUCCGACUGGAGAAACGCUGGACUGGGGAAGAUACACACUCAUGAAACGCCCACGAAUCAGCAGCGGAUCUUCCCCACAUUCUACCCCGAAUCUCCUCUCCGCUCAUGGACUCCCCCCCCCCACUUCCCCUCCCCCAAGAUCUCUGGGUUCAGCACCCUCUGUUUCUCGUGGAUUGGCCCUCCUCCUUUCCCUUCUGCACUGUAAUUUAUGUAUAAAUAAAUUCAUUCUGGCACAGGGCUGGGGGAAACAGUGGCCUUCCUGAUGUGGUUGGACUCCAACUCCCAGCCAGUGUGGCUGAUAGGGCCUGGAGGAAUCCUGGAGGAAUCCUGAGGAUCACUUGGUUCGGCUUCCUGCGAUGCAGGAUUAUGCAGCUGUCCCAUACAGGAAUCGAACCCACAACCUUGGCGUUACCAGCCCUACGCUCUAACCAGCUAAGCUAUCCAGGAGGAUGGGAGUUGCAGUCCAAUAGUUCCCCACUGGUUUCCCACCCCUAAUCUAGUGUGACCGAUCUGCUGUGCAGAUGAAAGGGUUUGGCGGCAGCAGUGCUGACCCCCAGGGACCCCCAUUAAGUUCUAUUGGGUGUUAUAAGGAAGGUUCGGACCUGAGAUUCUGUGGGGAGGGGAGAGAAUCAUCUUGUCUCAGAUUCUGUGGUCGACCACUUGUAUGUGGCCACCUUGAGCUCCUUGAAGGAAAAGAAAAAGUGGGCUAGAAAUCAAAUAAACAAACAAACAAACUAAUUCUAGUUUUGUCCCCAUCUUCCUCCUCCCCGGUGAGUUCUGAGGGCAGUCCGAAUCUCGUGGGGCAAGGUCUGUUUUUUUGCCCUCGCAAGUGAAGCCUCUGGCUGGUUUGUUGGCCAUGCUUGGGACUUCUAACACGGCAGGUCAGUUACUCACAACCCCCCACCCCACGAGGGUGACAACCAUCUGGAAAUCUCACCUGGGGACCACUUUUGCCUUGACCACCAUGUCUGGUACCACUUCCUAAGAUGGGCCUAUGCCAGUAAACAGGUGCCACACUUGACGUCUCCCAGGAGAUGAGAAGGGAAUCCCCCCUCCCAACCAUCAGCUCAGAUCCUUUCCUUUGCAGACCUCCCUGAGUGCCAUUUGCUGGAAAGGCAGGAUACGGAUUUAACAAAGCAAGGAGGCACUGCCAGGCUAAGCUUUCCAGAGACUGCUACCAGAAUGUGCUUUUCCCAGGGGGCCCACAAACCUGGAACCAAUUUAACUACACAUCAUUGGGGUGGCACUGUGGUCUAAACCACUGAGCCUCUUGGGCUUGGCGAUCAGAAGGUCCGUGGUUUAAAUCCCCGGUGAGCUCCCGUUGCUCUGUCCCAGGUCCUGCCAACCUAGCAGUUCAAAAGCAAGCCAGUGCAAGUAGAUAAAUAGGUACUGCUCCGGUGGAAAGGUAAACAACAUUUUCGUGCUCUCUGGUUUCCGUCAUGGUGUUGCGUUGCGCCAGAAGCGGGUUAGUCAUGCUGGCCACAUGAACCGGAAAGCUGUCUGUGGACAAAUACCGGCUUCCUUGGCCUGAAAGCGAGAUGAGCACCGCAACCCCAUAGUAGCCUUUGACUGGAUGUAACCAUUCAGGGGUCCUUUACCUUUACGUUUUACAUCAACAGUGGUUGGCGGCUGUUGGACACUGGUAGCAUGGAAAGCAGGGAGCCUGGCACUAGGUGGCGCCAGAGCCAAUGGGAGGCAGAGCAGACCGAUUAGCUGUACUCCUCGCUGAGUUCUACAAGGGCAGCAUCUCUUGAGUAGCAAUCAGGGGGAAGCAACAGGCACAAGAGGGCUGCACCUCUUAGGCCCUGCUUGUGGGCUUCAGUCGCUGUGGGAAAUGGGAUUCUGGGACUAGAUGGCCCUCUGUUUAGGCCCACCUCAGCUUCCUUUAUGUGAUAGGAAUGGAACCUCCAUCUCCAGGAGCAGUCUACCUCUGGUAUGAUCCAGCAAGGCUCCUCUGAUAUAUACCUACCUAUUUUAUAUUUUGCUCAUAUAUAUAUAGUUAGAUCAAAAACACAUAAUUCAAGAACAUAUCAGAAAUUGGGCAAUAGCAAAAAAGAUUUGGUUAAAUUAAAAUUAAACAUACCAAAAUAAGGUGCACAUUUGGGUUGUUGCAUUCACACUAGUAUUUGUCAUUGAGAAUAGCUUGAUAAUCUUCCAAGCUGGAAAACUUCACUCCUAGUGCCUUGAAACUGGGGCAAUGCUGCCGCCGCAUGGCUAAACUGUGCAUUGCAGUUCAGAGGCUGAAAUGGGAGCCCCCUUGGCCCACCCCACAUUUUGGCUUUUAGUAAAGCCUAUUGCCUUCCAUGGGGACCCAGGUGGCGCUGUGGUUAAACCACUCAGCCUAGG